AAAUCCGCGAGGCCUUCAAGGUGUUUGACCGUGAUGGCAAUGGCUUCAUCUCCAAGCAGGAGCUGGGCACGGCCAUGCGCUCCCUGGGCUACAUGCCCAACGAGGUGGAGCUAGAGGUCAUCAUCCAGCGGCUGGACAUGGACGGUGAUGGCCAGGUAGACUUUGAGGAGUUUGUGACCCUCCUAGGACCCAAGCUUUCCACCUCGGGAAUCCCGGAGAAGUUCCAUGGUACUGACUUCGACACCGUCUUUUGGAAGUGCGACAUGCAGAAGCUGACAGUGGACGAGCUGAAGCGGCUGCUCUACGACACCUUCUGUGAGCACCUGUCCAUGAAGGACAUAGAGAACAUCAUCAUGACGGAGGAAGAGAGCCACCUGGGCACGGCUGAGGAGUGCCCCGUGGAUGUGGAGACCUGCUCCAACCAGCAGAUCCGCCAGACGUGCGUGCGCAAGAGUCUGAUCUGCGCCUUUGCCAUCGCCUUCAUCAUCAGCGUCAUGCUCAUCGCGGCCAACCAGGUGCUGCGCAGCGGCAUGAAAUAGGCCCCACUGGGACCCUGUCUGGUGUAUGCGGUGCCCAGGCCACUCCACACCCACUACUGCAGCCCUCCCCGUCUGCUGGCUCCCCAGGCCACCAUCCACAUGUACUUCAGGGCCUGGACAUCUGGUGACCCCACCUGUCUUGCUCCACCGGCCUUGCAUGGAGCUGUGGCCUGGCCGUGCAGGACCUGGUGGUGGCUCCAAGGACAGCCCCCGGCUCCCUACAUCUUGCCUGUGCCCCCACCCUGGCCUGUAUGUAGCGCUAUUCUUCCCACAUUCCAGGGUCCCCUGGGAAAGGAGGGAUUUGUACAGGGACCCCCCCAAGAUCCAGUCCCUGCUGUGGGCCUUAGUCCAGAGAGGGCAGCCAUCAGCCUAGGGUCACAAAGCCAACCCCAGUUCUGGUCUGUGAGGUUUGCCCAGAGCUGUGGGCAAGGUAAUGUUGACAGGGGACAGAAAAUCUCUUGGAAAAGGGUAUAAGGCUGUGGUCUCCCGGGUUCCUUCCUCUGACCCUCCAGAGACCCAAACCCAGCCCUCCCCAUGAAAAGCCUGAAGGUCCAAAGGCAUGAGACCUGGCCCCAGGUUCUCCUCCAACAGGGAUUCUUAGGCAAGGCAGGAGCUCGUGGAGGAUGGAGCAUCCCAACCUUCUGGGCCACCCCCAUAGGCCCUGGGAUCAAGGACCGUAUUACCCCCAGCACAGAACCUAGAGCUGUAGUCCAGCUGAGUGAGCCGCAGCCCGAGCAGCCUGUGUGACCCCCACCAGUCAGGGUGCUCCGCCAGAGGACCCGGGGAGGCCUCCGGGCCACGCCCUGCGUCAGGGAGCGGGCACCGCCCGGUGCCGUCAGUGCCAAGAAGUGUGGCCAAGCCACUCUCCUAGCUCAGAGCCUCCCUGCCUGUCCCCCUCCCACUUAUCUGCACCUCCAGGCCAGAGAGCAGCCCUUCUUCGGUCCCACGUGUCGCACCCUCAAUGCUUGGCACUAGCUCAGCAUGGGCAGACGUGGGGCUGCGAAGUCUGCCAGAGCUGUGAUGGCAGGUGGAGUCUUUGGGCACCUGUCAUCAGGCCUGGGGCUGCUUACACCCAGGUGACAGGCACUGCCACACUGGUGUACCCUCUGCCCAGCUGGCUGAACCUCCACUGGUCCCCGAGGGAGAAGCGCUGCAAGCCCCAUCGCUCUGGAGAGGACCUGUCUCAUGCAGGCCCUGUGCGUCCCCUGACCAGUGGCUGCAGAAUGGAGCUGAGAAUGCCGGCAGGGCAGACGCACUCAAACCACCAUGGGGACGAACUUUCUUUAUAAAUAUCUGGAAGUUUCCUUGCUCAUCUCAAGACAUCCCGUGAGGCAGGGA